GAAUUGUAAGUUGUAUACAUAUCUUCUCUUCAGUCUUUAUCAUAACAGAAGACGAACCAGAAAAGAAGAUCAAACAGGACAUUUCUCAUGGAGACACCAAAGACAAAGACAGUUGAAGAUGUGGAGAAUGUUGAUGUUUAUACAGCAAAAGGUUUGCUUACUGUUGGUCAUCGAUAUGUCGAUGUUAGGACAAAUGAAGAAUUCGCAAAGAGCCACUUUGAGGAUGCCUUGAACAUUCCCUAUAUGUUCAAAACUGAUGAAGGUAGGGUUGUAAAUCCUGAUUUCCUUUCUCAAGUAGCAUCCGGCUGCAAGAAAGAUGAUCAUCUCAUCGUGGCUUGUAACUCUGGAGGAAGAGCAAGUCGUGCUUGUGUUGAUCUUCUCAAUGCGGGGUACGAGCAUGUAGCUAACAUGGAGGGAGGCUACUCGGCUUGGGUUGACGCUGGAUUCGCCGGCGAUAAACCUCCUGGUGAGCUCAAGAUUGCUUGCAAAUUCCGCCCAAAAGACAACUAAACCGGCCCGGUUUUGUUAUUCCUUAAAAACCGUUGAUAUAUUUCGGUUUAAUGCAGAAAG